AUUUUUUUUUCAAUCUCUGUUAAAAGAGUUUGACCAGGGGCAGGCUUGGUGCUGGGGGUCGCCUACAUCUGGGGGUGAUUGCGGUUUUCAGCAUAUAUUUUCUAUUUUAUUUUUUAUUUAGUUUUUGUUGAUAUUUUUCUACUUCCCUUAUUGUCGCCUCUCCACACAUUGACACCCUAUCGAGAUUUUCCCUUAGACCAUGAACAAACUAUAUGUUGGGAAUUUAAGUCCUUCGGUCACUGUGGAGGACUUAAAGCAGCUCUUCUGCGAGAGGGAUCUUCCAGUAGCCGAUCAGGUUCUGCUGAAGUCCGGCUAUGGUUUUGUGGACUUCCCCGAUCAGAACUGGGCCAUAAAGGCUAUUGAGACUCUUUCUGGUAAAGUGGAAUUACACGGGAAGGUGAUAGAGGUAGACUACUCUGUUCCCAAAAAACUAAGUCCGAUGAUUGCAGUUUAAGGUUGCAGUAAACCA